AAGAAAAGGAUAUUUAAAGAAAAUAUAUUUACUAAACUCAAAGUAGGCCUCUCCGCAAAAAGUCAGGCUUUGUUAAAUCCUCUACCAUCAGUUUUGCUUUAUUCAUCUUAUCGGGAGUGCCCUAUUUUUCCUAACAAAAACCGGGAAAAAUUUAUGAAAUACAAAUAUGUCCUCCUAUAUUUCGCGCCUGCUGAAGGCGCAAGCUGCCUCCAAGCGGCUUAUAUCUAAUUUGACCCAGCGCGAGGGCAAGCUAAAGUCCUUGUGGCGUCAACUUGGAUUGAAGGGAGGAUCAACUUCUACCAAACCUCGUGCCAUAUCCACAUCGCAGGUGCACAAGUCGGUGUUGAUUGAAGACGAAGAACUGGCGACAGGCAUUCAAAAGCGCGAGAUGGACCUGGUCAAGCAGGGCUGCGACGAUCCCUGGGGCUUUAGGCGGAUCAUAAAGCGCGGCACUGGGCGGGAGAACGAUCCAACUGUGAUUCCCUCUGCAUUUGACGCCCGCCUCGUGGGCUGUCUUUGCCUGGACGACCGCCAGCCCAAGUGGAUGUGGAUCGAGAAGGACGAGGGACCGAAGCGGUGCGAGUGCGGGCAUUUCUUUGUGCUGAAGAAUGUGCCACCCGUCUACUAGAUCCAUCACACAGAGCGCUGUACAUAGAUACAAACACCAUCCACCACACUCGACAUACACUGGGACUCCACACGUAUCCCCACUCACAAUAGGGAUAAAAAACAUUGCAUGAUAUUAUCAAAA